AUGGAUUCGGGCAACUACGAUGGGUGGGUGCAGAUUUCUCGCCAAGACGCCUUCGACUUUGACCAACCUGAGGGCGAUUCUGCUCGACUCUCGCCAGUGGCCAAUGGUGCCGGAGACCGAUGGCUCUCUGACCGAAUGGGCUCAUGUCAGGAGGAAGCUGGAGCGUCGACAAAUGCCAACAAGUCGUCAGCGCCGACGACACCUCGACGCCGAAGUGGUUCAACUGCAGCCAGUUUUCCGCCCUAUUUGAUCGAAUCGGGCCAGGCGCUGGAGAUCGGUGAAGAGGCAGGACCGGUACGCGACAUCGACUCAGGCCUUGGCCUCGAACAGUCCCAUUUCUGCACUCGUCCGGCCAGAUUAGCCAAACCGGCUGCCACUUCUGCUCUCCAGAUUGACGCGGAGGCAUCUUCAGCCGGCGUCGACAUGGCCGCCACCAGAAAUGUGGAACUUGGAGCCGAAAGCAGGCGUGCGUCGCGCACAAGUGUACUGACCGACACCCAUAGUUUACCUGACUUUGAUCGCCUCUUCGGAAAGGAUCACAAUGUAACCACAAAGAUGUGCAAUUGUAAGAAAAACAACACCAUCACAGCAGGCAUCUGUGGGCUCAGCAUUUUUGCAGGUAGAUAA